GCCCACUUCCGCCCAUGUCCAAGAUGGCGCUCGAGCGAUUCUGACCUUUACGGGGUUGGGCGGUGAUUGCAGUCUGAGCUAGUAGGGGGUGGAGCGGUUAGUGAACGGCAAAUGCAGGAGCUGCUGCGCGGGAGUCCGCGAUGGACUGGAAAGAAAUUCUUCGCCGGCGGUUAGCGUCGCCCAGCACAGAAAAAAAAAGUGAACAAGAAUUAAAAGAUGAAGAAAUGGGUUUGUUUACCAAAUACUACUCAGAAUGGAAAGGGGAUAGAAAAAGCACAAAUGAAUUCUAUAAGACCAUUCCCCGGUUUUAUUACAGGCUGCCAGCUGAAGAUGAAGUCUUACUACAAAAAUUAAGAGAGGAAUCCAGAGCUGUCUUUCUGCAGAGGAAAAGCAGAGAACUGUUAGAUAAUGAAGAAUUACAGAACUUAUGGUUUUUGCUGGAUAAGCACCAGACACCACCUAUGAUUGGAGAGGAAGCAAUGAUUAAUUAUGAAAAUUUUCUAAAGGUUGGUGACAAAGCUGGACCAAAGUGCAAGCAGUUUUUCACAGCAAAAGUCUUCGCUAAACUCCUUCAUACAGACUCUUACGGAAGAAUUUCUAUCAUGCAGUUCUUCAAUUAUGUCAUGAGAAAAGUUUGGCUUCAUCAGACAAGAAUAGGACUCAGUUUAUAUGAUGUUGCUGGACAAGGAUACCUUCGGGAAUCUGAUUUAGAAAACUAUAUAUUGGAACUUAUCCCUACUUUGCCACAAUUAGAUGGGCUGGAAAAGUCUUUUUACUCCUUCUAUGUCUGUACAGCAGUUAGGAAAUUCUUCUUCUUUUUAGACCCUCUAAGAACAGGGAAGAUUAAAAUUCAAGAUAUUUUAGCAUGCAGCUUCCUAGAUGAUUUAUUGGAGUUAAGGGAUGAGGAACUGUCCAAGGAGAGUCAAGAAACUAAUUGGUUUUCUGCACCUUCUGCCCUAAGGGUAUAUGGCCAGUAUUUGAAUCUUGAUAAGGAUCACAAUGGUAUGCUCAGUAAAGAAGAACUCUCCCGCUAUGGAACAGCAACCAUGACCAACGUCUUCUUAGAUCGUGUUUUCCAGGAGUGUCUCACUUAUGAUGGAGAAAUGGACUAUAAAACCUACCUGGACUUUGUUCUUGCAUUAGAAAAUCGAAAAGAGCCGGCAGCUCUGCAGUAUAUUUUCAAAUUACUUGAUAUUGAGAACAAAGGAUAUCUGAAUGUCUUUUCACUUAAUUACUUUUUUAGGGCCAUACAGGAACUUAUGAAAAUCCAUGGACAAGAUCCUGUUUCAUUUCAAGAUGUCAAGGAUGAAAUCUUUGAUAUGGUUAAACCAAAGGAUCCUUUGAAAAUCUCUCUUCAGGAUUUAAUCAACAGUAAUCAAGGAGACACAGUCACCACCAUCCUAAUAGACCUGAAUGGCUUCUGGACUUAUGAGAACAGAGAAGCUCUUGUUGCAAAUGACAAUGAAAACUCUGCAGACCUUGACGAUACAUGAUCUCUCAAAGAUGAGACUGUGUUCAUUAAGAUAAGCUUGAAUGCUGCACACAAAACCUUUCAAGCACAAUCCUUAGAAACAGCCUAAAUAAAACACUUUAUAUGCCUAGAGAACACAA